AUGAGCAGCAACCAAACUGUUUCACUUUCAGCCGCUGGUAUGAGAGCUCUUAUGUACCAGCUUCAGUCUCUCUACCUAAGAACACCAGUGAAGUUAUUUCGUCCUCUGCGAUUUGACUAUCUAGCCUAUGUACGUGAGUUGGCUAACAAACACGAUAACAUCCACGAGAAACCGUAUAAAUUCAGAACGCAUUCCUCGAUAGGAAUGCUUGUCAAUGUAGUAAAGAAAGAGGGAUGGAGAUUUAUCCCUGAUCAGGUGUUGCCUCCUCUUGUAGCCAAUUCGGCCACAGGGUUGAUAUUGUACGGAACUUACUUGACGGCUUUGGAUCGAUUCAACAGUCUGCAUACCCCAAAAGCAGAUAAACCCCGAGAAUUGUUCUAUUACUCCCCAUUCGAUACAUGGAGAGCUGGUUUUAUUGCUGGUGCCGUUCAGUCACUCGCAGCAGCACCUGUAGACGCCAUAUAUACUAGACUGACAGCAGCAGAAAUGUUGAGUGGUUCACACCAAAACCUCUGGAUGUACGGUUUGAACAAACUUAAAGAAGUCGGAUUGGUUGGAGUUUUUGCUGGGUAUAGUUUUUCGCUUGUAAAAGAAUCGCUUGGAUUUGCCUUCUACUUCUCUACCUUUGAGUUCGUCAAGACUCAAGGCUAUACAGCAACUUUCAAGGUUGUCAAUGUUUAUAGACGAAGCAAAGAAUCCAUCAAAAGCAAGUUACGACAAUACUCAAAUAUGAACGAAGAACAGAUAGACGAACGACUAUUGAGCUUGGAGCGUACGAGAACCAAAAAGAUAUUGAGGUCAACCUUUAUUCUCGUAGCUGGUGCAUCUGCCGCUUUCUCGUUGUUGGCAAUACAAUACCCAAUCACCAAGAUUCAGAAGAUUCAUCUUUCUAGACUUGAAGCUCUUGAUUUCUACAAUGCAUCAGCUACGCGUUCAUACAAACCCUCCAUAACCUUGUACUACAACUCAUACAUUGAUACAUAUAACCAAAUCCUUAGGAUGAAGACAAAAUCAAAGUUGACUUGGUAUCAAAUGGCAUACAAAGGUUUUGUCCGCAAUGCAUUGACAACAAUACCGGCUACAUCCGUGGCCCUCUUGGUUUUUGAAAUAAUGAGAACCAGAUUGACUGACGACUUACUGGAAUUCGAAAUUUUGGAAUAG